AUGUUCCGAACGCCAUUUGCCAUUUCAGCGUAAGUCAUACCGCAGAUUUUCACGGAAAUUUUGAUUUUUUUCUCUAUGCCAAUAUCGUUUUCUCCGGUACGUCUGCAUACAGUUCACUGGACAAAAGUUUAUAGAACACCGUUUUGGAGUUGACAAAGAACAUCCAAUGAAUCACGCAUCCUAGGUUUGUGCCGAAGCAGUACUGUGCGGUUGGCUCGAUCCACCGCCAUAGGAGUUGGGAACUUGUAUGUACCGGGCAAUUUUGGAACAGAACUUCUGAAGUUUAUUAUACAGACCAAUAAGCCUCUCGAAACAAUUGGUGCUUUUCAUCUCACGCAGAAUCGACUUGGCCAUCAACUCGACGAGCCUGGCCCAGGAGUCGACCACACCAUAGACCUCCCCCCCACAAAACUGUGAAACAAUGGCCCAUUUUUCGGACUUAGCGAACCGCUGAGAAAACUGAAAAUAAGAACUCGGUCUCAGAACAAAGGUUUAAAAACGUCGAAAAGCGUGGAUUUAGCGACUUACUAACAAGAAAAAUCUUGCCCUCUAAGCGUAAGACGCAAUAGUGCUUGUAUUAAAAGUAGCCAUAAUUGAGCCCGUCUUCAAGAAGAAAGGUUUAACGAGCUCCUAGACCAAUUGCAGCAGAGUCUAGUCGUUAUUGUUUCGAAGGACUUGCCACCGUCCUAGUGUGUCCGUUUUAUAAUAGACGUUCUGCAAGUACGAGUGUCAACCGGGCCAUGUCCUUGGUUGGACGCAGGUGCACGUGCCAAAUAUUAGCACCGCAGCGUAUUAUCGGAUUCUGUCACGAGUACCAACCAUCCACAACCGUUUGCUUUGCUGGCUUCGUUUCAGUUCUCGAUUCUGUUUUUCGUCAAUUGCCGUGGCGAGUAAUUGAGCCGGCAAAACUUAUCGCUGUGAUCAAGGCUUACUGUCGUCCUAUCACUGCGCACACACUUAUCAAAAGCUGUUGUCAGGCGUUUGCCAACAUUUCGCUCUCAUAGGUUCUGUUCGAUCGCCUCAUUGAUAGGAUCCUCAGAAGAUAUAUGGACGGCUCCUUUCGAUACCGAAUUUGCACAAGGUUACCAGCUGGUCAUGCCACACUACUCUGACGAUAUCGCCCUGCUAGCGAUAAUUUGUGCUCUGCUGAAUGUAUUGUUUUGGGUGAAGGAGACUGCCAAACUUGACAGUUUGCCCGUAGACGUUGCAAAACCCAAAUAUUGUUGAACUCCCUUUGUUGUUAACCACUGCUGCCAAACGGACAGAGUAAGGAUGACAUCCUCGCGUGGGUCGAUGCCGAAAUUGGGACUUUUGCAAGCACUCUUUAAGAUGCCUCAAUCGCCCGAAAGAUGCGCUUGUGCGGUUUAUCCAUUCGGUCAGUUCCCGCUUGCCAUUUGGAAUGUUGCGCUGCGCACAUAGAAGACGUUCGAAAACUGGAGGUUUUUGACCAUAACAGCCCAGGAAUAAUUUGCGUACCCGGACCCGUCUUGAGCGAGACUGUCCGAACCAAUCGUAAUGACAUUGCGAAAAGAUAUCAGACCACCCAAGGCAUGUGCUUCGUUGUUCGUCGCUUGAUUCCAGCGCUCCGCUUUCAAUCUGACCUUGCUGUGUUGGCGGAGGCGCCGAAGACGUCAGCUCAAAGCCUGACUCGGUAACCCUCACUUCUUGACACGGUGAAGGUUUUGAUUUCUUCCACUCAAGCUGUCGCUAUCCGCCUCCUCACUGACCUGAGGAAAUAAAACAGUUUAGUGAAGACUAGCGGGUUAUCGGCUUUACAGUCAAGUAGAGAAGCCGAAAGUGGUUAUAGGGCUAGACUGGCAGAUUAUUUAGAAAGUAUGCUGCCCACUUUGUUUUGCCCACUAGCCGUGACACUUAUCAAGCGAUGUCAGCCCAGACUAGAAGUUCAUAUACGUCUUAUGUAUUUGCACUGCUUACCAAGCUAUUGUUGAGUCCGGUGCAUAUUAAUUUAGCCUCUACCUUUUUCACAGUCCCCUUCGGCAGAUUCUUCGUUUGUCGCUACCCGGGCGUGCUACCCGGUCAUUGAGUAUCUGCCUAGCACGGCACGUCAUUAGCCUUCCGCGAGGGUCUCCCCAGACCAGCUUCACGCGCACUGGUAGGUGAGCCGCCUGUCUCAUACCAUGUGUGUACUUUUUAUUUUCCUUGCAGUCUUCACCCAAAUAUCCCUCUGGUCUAAGCUCCUGGGAUUUAGUGGCCAUUCCAUCGGUUGAGGACGCCGGCUCACAGUAAAAUGGACUUCAUGCCCUUACUGAUGGCGAUACUCAGCCUGUCUCUUUCUGUGUAGGCUUUUAACGCCCAGGAAUGUUUCAAGCGAAAUCAACUGUCAGAGGAUGUACCGCUAGAGUAUCUUAUCCUUCGAAGAGGUAUUUAAGGCGUGCAGCAUUCUUCAUUCCGCCCAAACCCACAGUGCUGUCUAAUCAUCAUCAACCUGGUCUGCCAACGGAAGCCACAGUAACCGUAGUCUGCUUGAGGCACCCUUUCCGCUUUUGGCAAAGUUUUCAGAGCGAGAAGUUGGCAAUCCGUUGCCAACUUCUUGUUUUCGUCACAUUAGCCAGCACUUUAGCAGCAACAGAGAUUGUAGGUCGACUGCUGAAAAUAUAUUUGCUCAUAUUCUCAGCUUUUUUUUUCAGGCAUCACCACAAGCAUAUCCCUGAAAACACGUUUUAACUGCGUAUAGCUUCAGACUCGUACCUUCUCCAUAAUUUUGUGGCCAAUUUAGCAGAUAAUGGAAACAGUUAGACACUGGAUUGAGGGUUACAGUUAGUUCUUGAUUCUCGAAGCCUACCACAGCCCUCAUGCUGACUCGUGUAUACAUUACCCAUCCGUUACCUUCAAAUAAUGCAGGCAUUCGCUCUUACUCAUGGGCCAUUGACACUCCAGAAAUUUGUCAGAAUUUGCCCAGGGUCACUCGCGCAGUGUUCAGUAAAAGACUUUCCAAGUCCGGCGCCGGAUCUUUAUUUAAAGCAGAGAAUGUAUCCCAUUAAACGCUAACAGGGGUCCUGAGAAAUGAUAUCGGCCAGAAAGGAUUCCUUAGGCGAGUUCGGUUACGCCAGAAUACUGGCCUUUGAGUGCGCGCCUUUCCGACCGCCUGCAGAAAUAACACGCAUACAAUCGCUACUUAAGUAGUGCAAAAUUUUCAUAUUAAUCUUCAGUGUUGUUGUAAAUCCGAGCGUAUUUUAUAGAAAAAAUGCCGAAACAUACCGUUUCUUGUACUCAUUUUUUGACAUGUUAUGUCUUAAAAGUUUUCACUUGAAGAUCAGCUGGCUUUUAAUUUAAAAAAACUCGUGAUCGUGAAAUGCUUGAAAACAGUGACAUGCCUACUUAAACAGCAUUUUAUCUGCACGUUUACUAAUCCCCCUUAUGAAGCGUCCAACGUGAUCCCUAUAAAUUGUGAAAUUUCAUGAACCUUAUAGUGUAUCUUCUCAAGAGUAAAGAGGAAUGUCCGAUUUCUUUUAACUGGAUGGUGUACAGCUUGCUCCUUGGAAAUUGUAUACGCAAGUACGACGGCAAUUUGGUUCGGAAUUAUUCAGGAACUAGAAACAUUUUUCACAAGUAGAGGAUACCAUUUUUUGGGUAAAAUCUGAGGACGUAAGUUGUCACAAGACGAAUAUAGGAAGCAUUAUUUUUGCGCAUUUUUCCACGAAAUUUGUCUAGACUUAUAACAUGUCGACACUGAGUGGGAAGACUCAUACUAACUAGCAUUUCUUAGCGAGUGGUUUUUCCAGACAGUAGAAACAAUGCACAUUUAGAAAUCGGCACCUUGGCUGACUGAAGUACCUUCGGAUUAUGUUGCAUGAUAAUACCAUCUACGUAGUUUUUUCUAACCAAAAUCAUAUUUCGGAACUUCAGUUGACGUAUCUUGAGACACAUCGCAAACUUCGUUAAUUGUCUGCCGGACAUUGUCUCCGACCGGUUUGUCAGUCAGUAGUGCUAAUAUUCAAAUCUAAACCAUUAUGGGCCUCCGUUCUUACUCAUGGAAGAUUUACAGUCCAGAAAUUGUCAGAAACUAGCAUACAUUGUCACAGUUACAUGCUUGUUACAUGUAAUUAUUUAACCAAUCUUCCCCGCAACUUUCUUUAUGUAUUGAUGUUUUUGCGACGUUAUUUUAACCAAUACGGAGUUGAAAGGCGUCCGUCUAUCUUCCCUUUAAUAAAACUGGAUUAAACUGAAAAAGGGAAUGUUUUCGCAGUUCUUAAUAAGCGACUUCCCAAGCCUUUAUGCAGGGAAUUGUGCUAAACGUUUCCAAGUUUUCUCAUUAUUUGCCGAACAUUUGUCUUCGGUCAUUUUGCUAAUUAGUGAUAUAAAUUUUCAAACCAACACACACAUUUGUCGUAAUUACAAGUGUUAGACAGUGCUUCAGGAACGUUCAUACGACUGCACGUACCCAGCACCAUUUCCACUAAGCUUAAGUGAUGACAUGAAAUUUUGAGAUCUUUAAUUAAACUGCGUAUGAUUAUUGCAUAUUGAUAAAAAACCUGUUCAAUUAAAAAACGAUCUAGGGGGAUGAAACAUGGUAGGAAGACGAGAGCAUGAAAUGUUGACCUGACAUGCGGUUGGGAGUGGUGGAGGGUGAAGGAGAUGUUAUCUAGGUAAGUGAUUUCAGGUCACUGCGAAAACGCGUCAAGCCUGGUUACGACUGCAUGACGCGGGAUAGUAGUCAGUACUGUGUGGGAGAGUGAAUGGCGGAAGAGAGAAUGGGGUCAUUUCCGUUAUCGAUCCCUUGCCAUGACAGUACUAGACGGAUCACGUGAUUCGGCUGUUUACGCGGUCCUGGAUUUCUCCUGCGUAUUGCACUGGCUUUUGCAAGGAACAAGAGACGCCUAGUAGUCACCCAAAAUGGGGCUUUGAAUGCAGUCUUUGGGUCCACCGCACGCUCAGUGCCUCGCAAUUGAAUUCCUGGGCACCUUAGUUUCCACCCUCAGCAACCAUUGCGGCAUAUGUUCAACUGACCAAGUUGGGAAUUGCCUCUGCGUGCAGGCUACCAUUAACUAGCCUAACUAGAAUAACCGUAGUAGUGCUUAUGAGCAACAAGUUAAAGGUGGUGUGUGUCCGUCUGACGUGUCCACCCGCAUGCCAGAUCAACACUCCAUGUUUUUGUUUGCCUACGUUUCAUCCCUCUAGGGGUUUUCUGAUUGAAUAGUCUGCAAAGAAUGAAACUGCCGACAAAGACAAGGGAGACUGGGAUAUCUAUUUGUGACUCAUUCGCCGUCAUCAGCCAGACAUCUUAUCAAGAUGCAACGACCGUGCGCUGUUGGAUAAGAGGUCUCCAUUCUGUUUCAAUAUGCGAUGACGUUUUGGUGUGGGUCAGUAAAAUGCGUAUCAUAACGCAGGCUUUUCAUGGUUUCUACCCAUGCCUCUUCAUUUAUGUACUCAUUUCCACGAAGCAAAUGUCACCCCCUCGCAAUGCUCACGUUGAAUCGGCGUAGUUGCGUCAAAGGUCACUUAUGUGGAGUCAUGAGGAACGGGGACAUUCAGAUAACAAUACUACCUGCCAGUGACGAGUAGUAAAUAUUUUGUACCUUUUAGUGUCAACCGUGGGAAACGGUGUCAUCAGUUCCGACAGCGAAUACUCCUCCGGUGACAGUAAUUCCACAUUUGAAUCGGAAGAUCUGGAAAUAUUGUGUGAGAAGGCCCUCGACGCAGCCGUUAAAUUUGUACCUCACUACGGUUGGACCCGCGAAGCUCUCGAGGCAGGAUGUUCGGCUGAAAACCUCCCCCCUGGCUUACACUCCAUCGCCAUGCCAAGGGGUGGCAUCGACCUCGUGACGCACUUCUACGAGUCCCAGAAUCAUCUACUGGCUGAAGAAUUGGCACGCUGGCGUGCUGAAGAGUCUGACAGCGCAACGUCUUCCUCACAACCUCUCGCCCCAAAUAGGUGACUACUGUACGGUUUAUUUGUGUUAUCAACUAGUUUACUGCACCAGACAGUUUCGUCAGAACCUGUCGGAGGGAAAAAGGCAAAUCCACCUGACCCAGACUCCUACAUCGUUUGAUAGGCCAAAUAAACUAUUAAAUUUAUGGCGGAAGAUUCCUUUGGCGUCUAGCGGUCAGUCAGGCGUCAAGCAAGAUGGUCUGUUGCAGAAUUUUCCUGCGAUAAUUACGAGACCAUAUACAUUGUCUUUCUAUCCGUUCAAAUGACCAAUUAUUCUUUGUCCUUGAACCGAACCGAUCCACUGUGUAGUAAUAGCCUCAGAAGAGAAGCAUAUGCUGACGAGUUCUCCGGCAUCUGUCUAGACUGCGUUCUUUCACCUGGACCGUUACCUGCAUGAUAAACUGGAUUCCCACAGGCGCUGGCAGACCGUUCCUACAUCAGGGUGUCAUGGCACAUGCAUUAUGGAUUUCAAUUAUAGUCGUGGUGUCGUGGUAUUAACAAACUCAUUCAUGGAGGGGCAGCAAUCGAUGUCUCAGACAGGUGAGGACACAGCCAAGGAAGUUCCCCAAGACAAAUGUGACCGGUUUUGCCCUCGAAACUGUCUUUCUAGCCAGUUUUCACAUAGUCUGCAUCCCUUUUGGCAGCGGGGGCGCUAUACACCAACUGUAUCUGGUCACGGGUGUUGUACGUUCUGCAAAAAACUGAUUCUCGAAAUCUGAGGCUCUACGUAGCUUCGCCGUCUUCGGCCAUUUGUGCUUGCAAGCCAAAAACAACUAACUUACAAAGUAGAUGAUACCGCACAAAUCCUACAAGAAACAGUAUGCGCUGUCUUUUGGGCAUUGCUGCGGAAAGCCGAGAGAGAGGCCCUGCUCUUUACACUUAGGUGGUCGGAGUUUACGUUAAGUGGGGGGGGGGGGGAAAUAAGUAGCUCGGCUGUGAUAAAUGAGGACUACGCUAUGUUAGAUGGCUAAUUAUUUACAGAGGGCCGCUUUGCCUGCAAGGCUGCUCUGGUGUUCGUGUACGUUGAUUUUAGGGUCGUACUCCCGUUUUUUCUUGCUUGACUCAACUGGAAAGAUAUAGAAGAACCUAGAGCAUCUGAAAGAAACUUGGAGUAUGGCACGAACAGAAACACCGGCGAUGCUGUUACUGUUCCACUGGUCGUUACAUCCUGGUCAUUUGCCUCAUUUAUAGGAGUUUUUGGAGUGGUAGGGGGCGCUCACCGAUCGUUCUUACGGAAAUCACUCGUUCCGUUGUGUCUUACGGGCUCUCUCUCUCGAGCCCAACCAGCAGCCGCACAGCGGCGCAUGAUAUAGGUGGUAUGUUACUACUGACAAAGGCAAGGGAGACUGGAAUGGCCAUUUCUGGCUUAUUAGACGUCGCCAGCCAGUCAUACCCAACCCCGAAGUUUUGGGCGUACUGACAUGGAUAUCCAACCUCGUGUCAGGCUCAUACCUGCACGGGGAUUCAUCUCUCAAUACAACUCAAGUUCAUUGCUGUGCGCUUGUUCGCUGCCCCAGUUUGAGGCUAUCUCUUUUUUCUAUGCACACAUAAUCUAUGCUGUUCACCAUUAGGACCACCUAUCCGGUUUGUAGUCUGGAGCAUAUGAUAGAAAACGUCGGCCUGUAGCCCAUUCUGCCCAGCCAACUAACGGUUGUAUCGUAAGAUGGUCCAUCUAGACCCUACCCCUUAAAGUCGGUUUUUUGCCGAGAUUGCAUCAAAACAGCCGGCAUCUGAUUGCCUCUUCCAUUGCUUUUCCUACCGGCGGUUUGGUCGAUUCGUGGUAUUUCUCUAACAAACCCUAUGCCUGCCUUCUUUUUGACAGUUUUGGCUUCAAGGCACCCCCACCGUUUGCCACCAAGGCGGAGACGGACGCCUUCCUGAGUCGUGCCAUCCAAUACCGUCUUCGGGCAAUCGAGACAGUACUGCCCUACUGGCCGCAAGCCAUGGGCCUGCUCUCUCUCCCACAGAAUGUGCCCGCAGCCAUCGCUCUCGAGGCCCAGCUAGUUGAUGAGAUAUGGGCUCAGGCCGGCGAUCGUUCUGUUGACGUACGUAUCUUCACCCGAUUUGGGAGGCCUUUCUAACGCUCUCCCGGGCGCCUUUGUUUCGACGAUUAAUUUGCUGAUAAUCACUGCGACAGGUGUUGAGCUAGGUGUGACCGUCGUGGCUUCAGCCGUGUGAGAGCGGAAAAUGGUGCGCAAGGCAUCAUCAUCAUCAUCAUCAUCAUCAUCAUCAUCAUCAUCAUCAUCAUCAUCAUCAUCAUCAUCAUCAUCAUCAUCAUCAUCAUCAUUUCUUACCAUAAGCCAUCUGGAAACUAAAUAUCUUUUCGGUGUUUGAGGGCUCCGAGCUGAUAAAGUAAGCAAAAAUUUCAGGUUAAAACUUUUCCCUACAAGUAAUUUUGAAAGUAAUCACUCGCGUUUUCCAGGCAAAUGAGAUUUACGCCAUUCUGUUUUUCUCCAAAAGAGACUCCUCUUUAAAUUGGAUCACUUUAAAGGACUAUCUGCUUUUCAGCAAUUUACAAAAUUACCAUUUUCCUCUUGAAAACUCUGUGCAAGCCCUCGGCUUAUUGUCAUCCGGAACCUGCUUGAUCUCAUUCCUGUUUGUGACUUUCGAUUCCCUGACUUGUAUUGUUCUUCGGUUUCCGCAGAGAAUAGCCUAAGUAAUUUCCGUUUUCAGGCAAAUAGUUUGCUACAAGGCACAUCCGGUUAAUAUAGGGGACAAAAAGUGUGCCAGAGGGGGGGCGGGGGGAGGGCUGGACUGUAAGCACAACAAUUUCUGUAAUUUCACAGCGACCAUCUGGCGGCGCACCGCCUCAGUCCUAUUAGAUCUCGCUUUUGCAGGGUCAAGUCGUUCAACAUGGACUGAACGACUGACGAUAUUCACCGUGUGCUCCACUGCAGGAUGAGAGCAGGAACGGUGAUUUGUAAGUUUAAAGUCGUAGUAGACUUGUGCUACUUUUGCCGCGCUCUCUCCUCCCCCACCUGGAUUCGGUGUCAAGUCAGAGUCAAGGAGACCGGAGGCGGGAGAGCGUGCAGGUGGCCGACACAGUAAAAUCCGCACCUAAGCGUACCACCACCACCACCACCACCACCACCACCACCACCACCACCACCACCACCAUCACCACCCCCUGGUCCACAACAGACUCUGAUCAGGAUUUUAUGCCAAGACAAAAGGAGCGGUGGCUCGGAUCCCACUUGGCGCGGCGUGAACCGGCACCACACCCCAGUAUUGAGAUUUGUUGUGUGUGUUUGCAUCCCCAAUAACACCUACCGGACUCCAAUCUGGGUCCUCUGUUUUCCCAGCCUCUCUACCUCGUGGCCCCAACGAUUUGCGCAUCAUUACGGUCUUGAUUCAGAAGGCAGUAUAGGCAAAGACACAGGAGACUGGGAUGGCCUUUUCUGGCUCAUUAGUUGUCGUCAGCCAGGCAUACUCAACCACAGGUUUGCUUCAACUGGAAUUCGGACACAGACUUUUGGCCACUGAGCGUUAAACCCAGCGCCCUGUCAUUGAACCGCCGACCAGUCAUGGCACUGGUUGCAUCGGGAGCAUUAACUAUCGUUCGAGGGUCUUUUAAUUGAUCAGGUUACGACACGCAAGUGGACGGCCAUGAUCCGUAACUUGAUCGCCGAACGACCCUCACACGAUAUACCCUAUGCACUAAAUGUAGCCAAGACGAAAGAACGCAUCGUCCCGAGGAGUUUGACGCGAGCAUCACCCAUAACGUGGGCCAAAGGCCAAACGCGCUCAGGUGUGGUUUAUCAGAUUCCAUGUCGAAAUUUCCCCUGACAAUGUGCAGGCCAGAACACAAGAAGUCUAAGCUGGUUAAUUCACAAAUCCAAUCUGGGGGUCUGAGAGGUGGCCUACUCUCUAAAGUCCGGUACAGACCGCGAAUCCGGCUUCGCGGGCGUAUGUACAGUAAGGUGGACUGAUGAAAGGAUAGAUGACAGUUGUUCGUGACCUCAACUUUUAAGUGGAUAAGCCGUCGCGUCCAUCGUCCGCCUCCCUGAUCACGCGCUGCCCAUCCCACUGUCAGACAACACGCUCCCCCUCCCAGCCAUGAACCCACACGAUCCACUUGCACUUUGAUGACUACGAAAGUAACGUUCAUUUUAUUGAUACUUUAUGAUGUUGAUGGUGGACUGCUGCACACGUCUGCAAUUUCAGACGCCUAUAGUGACUUUUUCAGCAGCCGGCCCGUCUUCUUAUUAGCGACAAGAAUCGGCAGUAGGCGUCUGCACUCGCAGUCAUAAGGUCAGUUGGUGAACUGGGCUACCGCCCCAAAAACCCCCGGGGGAGGGGAGGGGGGCGAGAACCAACUGGUGAGACAGUUGCAUCGCAGCCAUAGAGUGGGGUUUUAUGGCCAAUCUGCUGUGAAGGGUGUUGCUGGCAAAAAUAUCGCAUUUAAGAUUACCAAAGAAUUUGUACUCAGGUAAACGAUUUGUCCGGUCAUUUUAAGCAUACAUCACUUUCCUGAAAUUAUUUUCACCCGGGUGACUUUCCCCAAUCGGGUAGUGUGCGAAGCGAUAUUUGCCGAGUUUGCCAGUGAGUUGGGGAUACGCAAGGAGCCAGCGCCCAUACUCUUGUUGUGUGUAUUUUACAGUAGGUUGGCUAACUCAUGAAAUGUCAACCGAAAUUCCGAAAUGCGUUUUCUUUUCGAAAAGAUUAAUUAAGUAGGGUUGUAAAACUGGUCAGCCCGCAACACAAUUAUAUAAUAAUAAUAGUAAUAACAAUAAUAAAACUAUUCAUUCUUCUGCUCAUUCGGUAGAUAAUUUUACGUCUUAUGCUAAUUUGAUACUCGAAUGAGGGACAUAAUUCGGUUUUCAAAAACUUUUCAAAUUCCCGAAUAAUUGGACUUUUAGGGGCAUCGAAAAUCAGUGAGAACACUUCAUGCUAUUUAAGUGGUCGUCUUUUACAGACUGUAGUUUUUUCAUGCAGCCGGAAGAAAGGCCACUCGAAAGCAGGCAUCCUGAGGUAACUGAAAUAUCAUAUAAUUAUGUUGCAGGCUGACUAGUUUUGCAAUCCUACUUCAUUAUUCUUUUCUAAACGAAAACGCAUUUCGGAAUUUCGAUUGACAUUUUAUGAGUUAGCCCACCUACUGUAUUUGCUGGCCGUAUUUUCCCCCAUACUGCCUCCUCCGUUCGUAAGCUAAGCUUUGCAUGACGUUUGAUCUCUAUCACAACGCUGCUCGGUUUCCGUUUUUCCGUUAUAUGAGCAGACUGGGAUUUAGAAGUAGUCUACUAACAGCGACUCCAUCUGUUAUAACCCACUAGACUGUGACGCAGUUGACUGCUCUUUUUUCCAAGUAAGCGGAAAGACCUUUUUUAUGUUGACAGCAUCUCCUAAUCGCCCUGCGGGGGAGAGAUUCUGAGAACUCGAAACAAACAGACUCCUUACUGCGGCUUCUGGUCUUUUCUUUGUCUCUAAGAUAUUGCAGCCAUGGGUUGCUUAUCUACUCCUAUUUUUUGCAGGCAGUGUGACUGUCAGGGCGCGCGGUAUCCUACCUUUCGCUGACCUGCAGCUGCUGCUGCGGCAGUGCUGAUAGCUUUUGUGAACUUUUCACCCUCCAAUUGGGGACAUUUUUUCGAUGGGAGUGCAGGCGCGCGUUCUUUGAAUCUGAUACUGUUCAGCCCAGUCUGUGCCCCUACUGCUGUGAAUGCUGGGCUUUGCGCGUGAAGGACGAGCAAAAACUGGAGGUAUUUGACCACCACUGCUUGUGGACCAUCCUUCGAGUAAAGUUCACCGACCUCGUCUCAAAUGCGACAGUCCGCGCUCGCUGCGACAACAUCGCAACGAUAACUCAGGCCAUCCAAGAAAGACGACUGAAGUAGUUCGGGCAUGUUCUUCGUCGUCCACCUCAGGAGCUCAGUGUUACUGCCCUCUAUCCGGUACCGUUGCCCCAUUGGAGGCGUCGAAUAGGGGGUCAGUUCAAAACCUGGCUCGACACAGUUCGUCAAGACACGGAUGUGAUUCUUGGACCCUCGGUAUUCGGUCUACGUCGUUGGCGAAGGGAAUGGGUUGGACUGUCCAGAUCUGCUGCCGCGGAUCGUCACGCGUGGAGAGGUACAGUUCGUGACAUCAUCGAGGCCGACUAG